UCAUCACCAUCACCCCCAACCUCAUCAUCACCAUCACCACCAACCUCAUCACCACCAUCACAAUCAGAAUCAACAUCACUAACAUCAUCACCAUCACCAUCACCAUCAGUCACUGGCGCGGACCUCGUGACCUUGGCGGCUCCAUCGUCAGGAAAUGCAUCGCCGUCGGGAGGGCGCCACCGCUUUUUACAGGCGACUGGGAUGAAAGUCAACCCUGUUACAGCGUUGGCGUGGCACAGCUGGUUGCCGCCGGGACUUAUCCUAGCCGAGGCAGGACCAGCUUUUCUGGCGGUGCCGGAGGAGCUAGCGGUUUCGGAGGCGGUGCUGGAGGAGCUGGCGGUUUCGGAAGCGGUGCUGGAGGAGCUGGCGGUUUCAGCGGAGCUGGCGGUGCCGGAGGAGCUAGCGGUUUCGGAAGCAGUGCCGGGGGAGCUGGCGGUUUCGGAGGAGCUGGCGGUGCCGGAGGAAGCGGCUUUGGAGGUGGUGCUGGAGGACCUGGCGGUUUCGGAGGCGGUUCCAGGGGAGCUGGCGGUUUUGGAGGCGGUGCCGGAGGAGCUAGCGGUUUCGGAGGCGGUGCCGGAGGAGCUGGCGGUUUCGGAGGCGGUGCUGGAGGAGCUGGCGGUUUCGGAAGCGGUGCUGGAGGAGCUGGCGGUUUCAGCGGAGCUGGCGGUGCCGGAGGAGCUAGCGGUUUCGGAAGCAGUGCCGGAGGAGUUGGCGGUUUUGGAGGAGCUGGCGGUGCCGGAGGAAGCGGCUUUGGAGGUGGUGCUGGAGGUGCUGGCGGUUUCGGAAGCGGUGCCGGAGGAGCUGGCGGUUUCAGCGGAGCUGGCGGUGCCGGAGGAGCUAGCGGUUUCGGAGGCGGUGCCGGAGGAAGCGGCUUUGGAGGUGGUGCCGGAGGAGCUGGCGGUUUCAGCGGAGCUGGCGGUGCCGGAGGAGCUAGCGGUUUCGGAGGCGGUGCCGGAGGAAGCGGCUUUGGAGGUGGUGCCGGAGGAGCUAGCGGUUUCGGAGGCGGUUCCAGGGGAGCUGGCGGUUUCGGAGGCGGUGCCGGAGGAGCUAGCGGUUUCGGAAGCAGUGCCGGAGGAGUUGGCGGUUUUGGAGGAGCUGGCGGUGCCGGAGGAAGCGGUUUCGGAGGCGGUUCCAGGGGAGCUGGCGGUUUCGGAGGCGGUGCCGGAGGAGCUAGCGGUUUCGGAGGCGGUUCCAGGGGAGCUGGCGGUUUCGGAGGCGUUGCUGGAGGAAGCGGCUUUGGAGGUGGUGCCGGAGGAGCUGGCGGUUUCGGAGGCGUUGCUGGAGGUAGUGGUUUCAGAGGAGCUGGCGGUUUGGGCCAUUCCGGAGUCACUCUCAUCAGAGUCUUUGAUGAUGAUGAUGCAUUCGAUAAUUCCCACGAAUACUACUGAGCAGAAAGCGUCUCACGAGCCUACAAAAGGAAGAAAAAUGCUGAACGAAUUUUUUAAUAAAAAUUCUUAAAAAGUGAA